AUGAGUUCAUCAAUGCCGAAACCUGUUACGCUUGAAGGCAGUUGUCAUUGUCAACGUGUAAAAUUUUCAGUCGAUUCAUAUACACCCUAUCCGUAUAUGAUUUGUCAUUGUCUUGCUGAUACAAAAACAACUGGUGUAUUUAAUUGCAAUAUUAUGGGUGAAUAUUCAACAUUUAAAAUAGAACAAGGUCAAGAAUUUGUUAAAAUUUAUCAAGUUAAACUAUGUGAUACUGAAAGUGGUAAAAAAGAUUCAUCAAGUACAAAAUUAAGUCCUCAUAAACGACAUUUUUGUUCUGAAUGUGGUUCAUAUCUUUGGGCUUAUAAUGAUGAAUAUCCACAAUGGAUUUAUCCAUUUACAUCAUCUAUUGAUACACCAUUACCAAAACCUGAUGAAUAUUAUCAUAUAAUGACCGAUUUUAAACUUAAUCAUGUAGAAAUUCCAAAAGGCAAAAAUAUUCAUACGUAUCCUCGUUAUCCAGAAGGAAGUCUUGAAGAAUGGCACAAAAAACAUGGCCUCUAUGGAACGUAUACAAUAGACAAAUAA